CCCAGCAGGGAAUAAACCUCUUACUUGUUCCUUUGCAAACACAAUGUUUGUGUUCUUAAUCCGUCGCAUCGGUGCCACGUCGAGAAGAGGAGGGCUACCUUCACCCCCAAGCACACGCUCGGAAAGUGUCACUGACGCUGGGUUUAAAACGGUGCUUUUUUCCAUACCAGGAGCUCAAAUCCAAGUGCGUGUGCGUGUGCGUGUGCACCCCCCCCGACACAGGCGGAGGGGUGGGUGUUGCAGGGGGGGUCCAGGGGGAUCCGGAAGCGGCGCCGGAGUGAUGGAGGCGCGCGCGGCCAAUCGCGCGGCGGCGGGGGCGGAAGGGCUCCUCGCGCAGGCAGCCCAGGGUGAUGCUGCAGCGGCUGGAGCUGCAGCCGGGAGAAAGUUACCUGCGCGGCGCCGUCAGGUGAGGCUCCGACCUGCGCCGGCUUCUCCUUCGCUGCUGUCGCUCCGGCUUCCGUAGGAAAUGAAAGGCGACGUUUCCCUCCCCCGCCCCGGUAACGAGGACCUGUCAUGAAGAAUGAGUUGUGUGGGUCUUUGACCAGACCUCCAGCCAGGAGUGACGCGUUCCUUGCCCUGGGAUACUAUGACCAUUGUUGGGACGUGUUGGAGUGAAACGUGUCUAGGGCCUGUCCUCUGCGACUCUCAGCCUCUCGGAGAUCCCUUCUGCUCAUGGGAGCACUUGUACUCGUUAACGAAAGAAAACAGAUUCCUCCCCUUCCUCGAGAGUGUGAAGCAUUUUUGUGGGACGUCGCGCCGGGAACAUUAAUUGCCAGGGCUGUAAGAGGGCGCCUCCUGCCCUCCGGCCCGCUGCUCCUGGUCUUCCUUUAGAUGGUUUCCUCAUCCAUCAUGGGCUCCUGCCCCCGGUUCUGCUCCGUCUCCCGGAAGGUCAAGUUCUUCGUGCUGCUGGUGGGCGGCGUCGCGCUCCUGGCCUGGAUCAGCACUCUCAGCAGUGCCAGCCACCCCGUCCAGGAUGAGCCCCGGCUGGCGCGGCCGCCGGCGGGGAUGGGGGGGGGGGAGGGGCACACGGUCAUCAAGGAGGCAGCGAGGGACGCCGGGGAGCCUGGGCCGGGGCCAGCCGGGACCUCCGCCCUCGCCCCCUCGCCGGCUCGCCUGCAGCCCUGCCCUCAGCAGUCCCCGCUUCUCCGCGGCCCGCUGGCGCUGUCCUUCCAGCCCUCGCUGACGCUGGGCGCCGUGCGGCGGGAGAACGGGCAGGUGGCGGCGGGGCAGUACCGGCCCGAGGCGUGCGUGGCGCGGCAGAGCGUGGCCAUCCUCAUCCCCCACCGGCACCGCGAGAAGCACCUGCUGUACCUGCUGCACCACCUGCACCCCUUCCUGCAGCGGCAGCAGCUCCACUACGCCAUCUAUGUCAUCCACCAGGCAGGCGGGGAGAUGUUCAACCGGGCCAAGCUGCUGAACGUGGGCUACCUGGAGGCCCUGAAGGACUACGACUGGCAGUGCUUCGUCUUCCACGACGUGGACCUGGUCCCGGAGAAUGACUACAACCUGUACAGGUGUGAUGACCAGCCCAAGCACCUGGUUGUUGGCCGCAACGCCACUGGAUACAAGCUGCGUUAUAAGGGCUAUUUCGGAGGGGUGACGGCCCUGACGAAGCAGCAGUUCUCCACGGUGAACGGCUUUUCCAACACGUACUGGGGCUGGGGCGGCGAGGACGACGACCUCCGCAUUCGAGUGGAGCUUCACAAGAUGAAGAUUGUCCGGCCACCUCCCAAGAUUGCUCGCUACACCAUGAUCUUCCACACCCGGGACAGUGGCAACGAGGUGAACAAGGACAGGAUGCGGCUGCUCAGCCGGACCCCGCGGAUGUGGAGGCUGGACGGCCUGAGCUCCUGCGAGUACAAGCUGCUGUCCGUGGAGAGAGCGCCCCUCUACGUCAACAUCACCGUGGACAUCGGCCGCCCGCCCCCCCACGCCUGAGGCCAUCCUGCCGCGGGGGGAGCGGAAGGUGCCUGCUGGACCAGGAGGGGCUGUGACCCACCAGACACUACAAUCACCAUGAGCGCCAGGGGUCCGAGUCUCUCCCGCUGCAAACCCGGAGCGCAGCCCGGGCACCGCGAACUGCUGACCGCCCGCAGGAGCGGUGUGAGAGGCGAGUGUACUGGGAAGAGAGCCCGGCCGCUCAGCUACGCAUCUCGAACUCUUUUCCUUAUCUCAUUUUUUAUUUGUCUUUUUUAAUUCACGCGGCUUCGCGCAACGCUACCGUAGUUGUAGCAUAGCUCAUUUUGUGCACUGUAACAGGCUCCGAGAAUGUACUUUUUUUGAGGAGGGGGGGGUGGGAGGCAAACUGUUACUUGAACCGGGGUUAGAAAAUCUGGGUUUUUCAGAGCUUCGCUGUUGUCGAAGUUUGUUUUGUUUUUUUUUCCAGGGUGCAAAGAGGGUGACUUUUGUUUUAUGUGUGGGCGUUCCGGUUUUAGUGUUCAGAAGAGAUCUCAUGCCGUGGGUGGUGUUUGGAUGCAGCGGUGGGGUAAAGAUGGGGCAGACUGCGUCUGUCACAAAGACGAGUAAAGCCAUGGUCUCUUGCUCUUCUGA